GCCUGAUAAGUCAGUCAGUGUGGUGGUGCUGUUACUUCAGCCCCUUGGCUGAUGGAGUGGACUGGCCCUGCCACCCAAGGAGCCAUCCUCUCUUCCUGCUCUUUUCCACCUCUCUCCUCUCCACCCCAGCCACUCCCAGGGUCAUUUCUGAAGCAAACAGGAGCAGCUGAAACUGGUUGCAAAGGCUGAUUGUCGCUGACUGUGCUGUGGUAAAUACCUGGGGCUGUCAGCUACAAAGCUGAGCACUUCCCUGGGAGUGGUUUGCAGGGUUGAUUCAGGAUUCCUCAUGGCUCUGCCUUCCUGCUCACUACAGGCUGUGGGGCUGAGGUAGCCUUUGGAAACACACAGCAAUUCCCUUAGUGACUCAGUGCCAUUGCCUGCUGGCAAUGCUUUUUGCUCUGAUACACUCAGAGAAUCGUUACAGUUGGAAAACACCUUUAAGGUCAUCGAGUCCAACCACUCACCUCACACUGCCAAGCCCAUCACUAACCCAAACCAUGUCCCUCAGCACCUCAGCACCGUGUGCUUUGAAUGUCUGUAGGGACAGUGACCCCCCCAGCUCCCUGGGUAGCCUGUUCCAGUGCCUAACAACCCUCCCAGUGAAAAAGUUCUUCCCAGUGUCCAACCUAAACCUCCCCUGUGCAACUUAAAUCCAUUUCCUCGUGUCCUGUCAUUCCUUACUGGAGAGAGCAGAUGGAGCCCCACCUCCAAGUCCCCUCCAGGUAGCCGUAGAGUCAUCAUGUCUCCUCUCAGCCUCCUGUUCUUGUAGGAUAAGCAUCCCCAGCUCUCAGCCACUCCUCAUAAGACCUGUUCUCCAGACCUUUCACCAGCUUUGUUGCCCAUCUCUGGCCACACUCCAGCACCUCCAUGUGCUCCCUGUGGAGAGGGGCCCAGAGCUGGACACAGUAUUCGAGGUGCAGCCUCACCAGCGCCGAGUACAAGGGGACAAAAUGUUAAGGUGCUUUUAAAGAACCAAUUGGGCAAAGCUGUUGGGUGUAGCAGCAGAGAAAGUUCUGUCUCUGCUGAGCACCUCUUCUACAAACUCCCAGGUUACAGCCUAUGGAAAAUGGUGCCUGGAGUGGUACCACGCUGGUCUCCCCGGCACGGUGUGUCUCGUGGCCUCAGCGCAGGGGCUGCACAAAGCUCUGUGUGUGUGUGUGUGUCCCUUUCCUCCUUGCAGUAAGGCAGCGAUGGGAGCUGCUCACAUCCCCAACGUUGGCCUUUAAUUGAGUUUUUCAUUGCUCCCUUUCAACUUGUUGCUGUGGAUGUAAGAGCAAGCCUGCAUGCCACAAUCCACUCUCACACCAGCUUCAGGCAGCAGCAGGGGGCUUUUUGAGUGGAACCUGGGUGUUUCAUGCUGGAAAGCACCACUGAGACAGAAAAGGAGGCCUGUUAGAUCUGAAAGGCAGGAUCUUGCAGAGGUGUGACUUAGGGGCACUUGCCUGCCAGCUAGGGAAGGAAUCCCUUUUCAAUCCCUUUGUGUGUGUGUGUGUGUGUGUGUGCAAAGCACCUCACUGCAACAGCCUGCAAGAAGUUCUUUGUUGGUGUCCCCUGUGGUGAGGGAGGCAGAGGGCCUGGGUUUUAUGGACAGUCAGUAGGGAAGGGAGGCAGGCUGGGAUCCCCUCAGCUGGGGUUUGCACUGCACUGCAGCCCAUUUUGGGCUGGUUUGGGGGGUUUUUGGUCACUCCACAACAUUUCCCGUGUAGCUGUUGAAUUCAAAGCUGGCAGCAGGCCCUUUGGGGUUGGCUCUUUUUCUGGAGGAAAGGCUGCCUGUUGGAAACUCGCCACGUUUGGCAUUUGCAAGGGUCUGGGCCCGUGCUCGGGCGAGCUGCUUGUGCCGGCUGUGCCUCCGCUGUGGCCGCUCGCUUCGCUCCCCAGCGCCGCUGCCUCCCAGCGGCAGGGCCCUCUCUGAGCCUUGUGUGGGCCAUGCCCUGGGGAGCUGCUGUAUCUGGGGCAGCAGGAAGCCCUGCCCUGUGCAGUGUGCCUUAGAGACGCUGUGUUCGGGCACCAGCUCCUCCGAAAGGUACGGCUGCAGGGUGAAGGAACAGCCCAGGAGGCGACCGGCAGCCAAGGGCGAGCGCUGCUGCUGCUGGCCGGCUGUCGGGUCAGGCUGCCGGUGUGCAGAGCAUCAGGGAUACAAGCACACGGGGACUGCACUUCACAGUCUGUUUCAAGUGCUGAUCCUUCGGCAGGAGGCCAAAGCGUUAAUCACCCUGGCAUUGAGGCUUUCAGCCUGUGCACACCUCAGUCCCAGGGCAGCAGGGAGAACGGAGCCAGGGCUGGGGACAAAGGCACGAGUGCCCUUCUGGGAAUGAUGCUGUCAGCACGUCAGAGCCCAGGAGGAACUGGCAGAGCAGCGUGGGGCGAGCCUGUGGGAGGAGGGCUGGAUGCCAGCAUGGCUUUCCCCUGGCCAGUGCUGCCUUCCUGGCUGUCCCAGCCCAGGCUCUGGCCGAUAUUCCACGAGGAGGAAGCUGCUACUGAAGGAGGAGCUCCAAGUCUUGGGCCAGUGCAUGUGCCUGAGUGGCCAGGUGUGAAUGACACAGGAGGUGCCCCCGGCGGCACUCGCGGACGUCAGCCUGCGCCUCCUGUGCCACGAUGACAUAGACACGGUGAAGCAGCUCUGUGGAGACUGGUUCCCAAUAGAGUACCCUGACUCAUGGUACCGAGACAUCACUUCCAACAAGAAGUUCUUCUCCCUGGCAGCCACGUACAGAGGCUCCAUCGUGGGAAUGAUAGUGGCAGAGAUCAAGAGCAGGACAAAGGUGCAUAAAGAGGAUGGAGACAUCUUAGCAUCCAAUUUUCCUGUGGACACUCAAGUUGCCUACAUCCUGAGUCUUGGAGUGGUGAAGGAGUUCAGGAAACAUGGAAUAGGUUCCCUCCUGCUGGAGAGCCUGAAGGACCACAUCUCGACGACGGCGCAGGACCACUGCAAAGCCAUCUACCUGCACGUCCUCACCACCAACAACACAGCAAUAACCUUCUAUGAGAACAGAGACUUUAAGCAGCACCACUAUCUCCCCUACUACUACUCCAUCAGAGGGGUCCUCAAAGAUGGCUUCACCUACGUCCUGUACAUCAACGGGGGCCACCCACCCUGGACAAUCCUUGACUACCUGCAGCACAUCGGAUCCACACUGGCCAGCCUGAGCCCCUGCUCCAUCCCACAGAGGAUCUACCGCCAAGCCCAGAGCCUCCUGUGCAGCCUCCUGCCCUGGUCCAGCAUCUCUGCCAAGAGCGGCAUCGAGUACAGCCGCACCAUGUGACUGCAGCACGAGUGUGGGACAGGCAGGGCUGGCAGCCCAGAGCUCCCCUGCCCGGCUGCCAGCCCGUGCCCAGCGGGACCCUUCCCAGGGAGCCU